UAUAAAAGAGCCAGUGUUACUUUGGUAUUACUUUAUUAGAGCGCAACUGUUCCUAGAGGAGUUCGUACAUGAUCAUGCAAAGGAGGCUGGCUUUGUUUUCUUGAACUUUGACCAUAUCUCCCGUAAUAACCCACUCUACAGGUUUGAUCCUUCGUGAGGACUCGUAAACAACACUGCAGGACGAUGUGGCUGAUGACGAUUACUGUGGGGUUAGUGACCCUGGUUUUGGCCACGUGGUUGAGGGACUAUGUAAAACGAUGGCGGAUGCCCCCUGGACCAUUUUUCUGGCCAAUCAUCGGGAACAUUUACUUUUUUAGUGGUAGGAUGUACACCACCUGCACCGACCUCGCUAAGAAGUACGGAGACGUUUUCAGCCUGAAGAUGGGCAUGACGGACGUGGUUAUACUGAACAGUCUGGAUGCUGUAAAGGAGGCUUUUGUGAAGAAGGGAGUGGACUUUGCAGGCAGGCCGAUGAUAUUGUCAAUGGACAUAUUUUCUGAAGGUGGAAAAGACAUUGCCUUCACAGACUACAGCCCUACGUGGAAACUGCACCGGAAACUGUUCCAUGGUGCCAUCAGGGGUUACGCAUUGGGAGAGAACCUACAAACCAGAGUCCACGAGUCUUUGGAAGACACCAUCGCUGAGUUCACCAAGAUGGAGGGUCAAGCAGUAAACAUUGAAGACUACAUUUAUCAGCUGGUCUACAACGUCAUCUGUUCAGCUGCUUUCGGCGUAAGGUACACCAUGGACGACGAGGAAUUCAACACCCUGAUGAAAAUAAACAAAGACACCGAGGAAAUUGUCGGGCAAGGUCUUCUUGCUGACGUCUACCCUUCACUCCGGUUCCUGCCUUCACCGACCCUAACUAACAUCCGAAAAAUGACGAAACAGUAUGUGGGGAUCAUGCAGCGUCAUCUGGAAGAGCACCGAGAAACGUUUGACCCAAGCAACCUCCGUGACAUCACAGAUCACAUGAUCAAGGCUCAGAAGGAUGCUGAGGAGGAGGGAAUCCAGGACAUCAACUCUCUCACAGACACUCAUCUCAGGCAGACCAUCUCCGACAUCUUUGGGGGGGGUACAGACACAACUAUCUUUACCCUACGCUGGGCCAUCCUGUACCUUGCUGUCCACCCGGAGAUACAGGAGAAGGUGGCUGCUGAGUUAGCCAGUGUGGUGGGCCGUGACAGGCUGCCGGAGCUGUCCGACCGUGAGGCCACGCCGUACACGGAGGCGACCAUACUUGAGGUCAUGAGGAUGGGAUCCAUUGCUCCCUUAUCCUUGCCACAUGCUACGACUGUCGACACAACACUGAGAGGUUACCAGAUUCCAAAGGGCACUUGGGUCGUGCCGAAUCUGUGGGCCCUGCACCGUGACCCUGACACCUGGGGAGAUCCGGACAAUUUCCGGCCUGAACGUUUCUUGGAUGAGAACGGAAAACCAGUACCCAAACCUGCGGCUCUAAUGCCUUUCAGUGCUGGACGCCGUGCAUGUCCGGGCGAAGCCGUAGGAAAAGCUGACACCUUCCUCCUACUGGGAGCACUGGUCCAGAACUUCCGCUUCAGCAUUCCUGAGGGUGAGGGGCCUCCUGAUCUCACCCCUGAUGAUAAGGCUGGAGGUACCACCUGCAUACCCUACCCAUACAAGGUGGUGAUGACCUGCCGGAAGUGAAUGUUGUGACCUACAGGAAAUCGAACAAUAAGCCCGUUUACAGUUCCAACUGUGCAUUGACAGGUCAAAGGUAAAUGCCCCUGAUAUAAACAAAUCUUGCCUUGAUCAUAUAUAUAUGGCCCACAUCGGUCGGUUUGUAUUUCAAUGUUCAGACCUAUUUUGUUAACCUUUGACAUGCGCAUGCCCAGUUGGAUCCUAGAACGGGCUUAAUCCAAAGGCACAGGCGAACAACAAUGCCAUACUCUGGCUAAAGAUGCCUUUGAAACGAACCAUCAGCGCAUACGAAUUGCAGGAUUUAAUUUACUAUCACCGGUUUGACUUUGAGUUAGGGGAAAAUGAGGGAUUUUGUAGUGUUUUAAGUUUGUAAUUAAAGAAAUUGUGUGUACUAUAUUCAAUAAAAUGAAAAGCUUU